GUUUUUAAUCCACAUCAAGCAAAAGAGAAUAAAGCUAGACGUUAAGAAAAAAAGUAUUCCAUCAUCGAAGAAGUUGAAAAUGCAGGGGGCAAAGAAAGCCGGAGAGACGAUUAAGGAAACAGCUGCCAACAUUGGUGCUUCUGCUAAAUCUAGUAUGGAGAAGACUAAGGCCACCGUCCAAGAAAAGACUGAGAAGAUGAGCGCACGUGAUCCUGUACAAAAAGAGGCGGCAACCCAAAAGAAAGAGGCAAAGAUGAACCAGGCAGAGUUAGAUAAGCAGAUGGCGCGUGAACACAAUGCGGCAACAGGAAAUCAUGGACAUCACACGGGAGGCCAUGAGAUGUCAGCCAUACCUGGACAUCACACUGACCAUGUAACAGAGGGAGUGGUGGGAUCACACCCUAUUGGGAUUAAUAGAGGCACAGAUAGGACUGCUACGGCCCAUAAUACUCGUGUUGGUGGAAAUCCUAAUGCCACAGGGUAUACCACUGGUGGUACUUAUAACUGAACAAGUAUUACAAAUACAGUAGUAACUAAAUACACACAAAAUAAAGUUUAGUGUAUGUGGUUAGAAGUGUGAUUGUUUUUCUGUUGUCUUUUGUCUUGUAAGUUGUUUUGUCUCAUUUUCUUUUCUGUUUUGUUAUAAGGAUUGGGGAUGUUUCUAUUUUA